AGACUAUAGUGACACUGAAACUGAAGGAGAGAUUUUUAAUUCUUUAGUGCAAUAUUUUGGCGAUAAUUUGGGGCCGAAAGUUAAAGGGAUGCCAUUGGUUGAAGAAACUUCUUUACUUGAAGAUUCAUCAGUGACUUUACCUGUGGUAAUAAUUGGAAAUGGACCUUCUGGAAUAUGCCUUUCGUAUAUGUUAUCAGGCUACAGACCGUAUUUAUCAUCUGAAGCAAUACAUCCAAAUACAAUCUUACAUAGUAAACUAGAAGAAGCAAGACAUCUCUCCAUUGUUGACCAGGACUUGGAAUACUUGUCUGAGGGUCUGGAGGGCCGAUCAUCCAAUCCAGUGGCAGUACUUUUUGACACACUUCUUCAUCCAGAUGCUGACUUUGGGUAUGACUACCCAUCCAUUCUUCACUGGAAAUUGGAACAGCAUCAUUAUAUCCCCCACUUAGUUCUUGGUAAAGGCCCCCCUGGUGGGGCAUGGAAUAAUAUGGAAGGCUCUAUGUUGACGAUCAGCUUUGGAAAUUGGAUGGAGCUACCUGGACUUAAAUUUAAAGAUUGGAUGUCUAGCAAACGAAGGAACUUAAAGGGGGACCGGGUUAUGCCAGAGGAAAUAGCGCGCUACUACAAACACUAUGUAAACGUCAUGGGUCUUCAGAAGAAUUUCAGAGAGAAUACUUACAUAACUUCUGUAUCAAGACUCUACAGAGAUCAAGGUGAUAAUGGUAGUCAAGACAAAGAUAUCUCAACAAAACAUUUACAGAACCAGAAGUCAAAGUUUGUCAAAAGAAACUGGGAAAUCAGAGGCUAUCAGCGAAUAGCAGGUGGUUCUCAUGUUCCCUUUUGCCUCUUUGCUGAGAAUGUUGCUCUUGCAACUGGAACAUUGGAUUCUCCUGCCCACCUGGAAGUUGAAGGGGAAGAGUUACCUUUUGUGUUUCAUUCAAUGCCCGAAUUUGGAGCUGCUAUAAACAAAAGAAAGCUGUGUGGCAGAGCUGAUCCAGUGCUGAUUGUAGGCUCUGGCCUUACUGCAGCCGAUGCAGUACUGUGUGCCUACAACAAUAAUAUCCCUGUGAUCCAUGUAUUUCGAAGACGAGUAACUGAUCCAAGCUUAAUUUUCAAGCAGCUUCCACAAAAGCUGUACCCUGAGUAUCACAAAGUCUAUCAUAUGAUGUGUACUCAGACAUACUCUGCAGACUCAGAUCCUUCAUCUGAUUAUACCAGCUUUCCUGAGCACCGUGUGCUUUCCUUUAAGUCAGACAUGAAAUGCAUUCUUCAAAGUGUCUCCGGAUUGAAGAAGAUAUUUAAACUGUCUGCAGCUGUAGUCUUAAUAGGUUCUCAUCCUAACCUGUCUUUUCUGAAGGAACAAGGGUGUUACCUAGGCCAUAACUCAAGCCAGCCAAUAACAUGCAAGGGGAACCCUGUGGAGGUUGAUGCAUACACCUAUGAAUGUGUUAAAGAAGCCAACCUUUUUGCUUUGGGCCCUUUGGUUGGAGACAAUUUUGUUCGGUUUUUAAAGGGAGGGGCAUUGGGUGUUACACGCUGUUUGGCCACAAGACAGAAGAAAAAGCAGCAUUUGUUUGUUGAGAGAGGAGGAGGAGACGGGAUAGCUUAAAGAAAGUUUACAAGUAACUUAAAUGGACACUUAACCAUUAAAGAUUUUUAACAGUGGUUGCAGUGUAUUGGCUUAAAUUAACUGGGAGAGCCUCCAGCUGUUAUCUUUUAAAGUUAACAAAGCUUGGUAUCCCAUCAAAGGUGUCACUCUUAGACAAAUCCAAACACUGCCAACUUGGUAUACUUCAUGCUUUCAUUUAACUAGAAUGCUCUUUUCUAACUUGACAUUUAUAAAGCCAGUCAUUAAGACAGAAAUCAUAGUUCAUUCAUAUUGGGUCACCUUACUGCUCAAGUUGAGUUCUAGCAGCUUCAGCUUCCUCUAGUUCAUUAGGAAUUUAGGCAGACUGCUACAAGAUCCCCAAGGGUUAUAUAUGUAUUCAUUGGAUGAAGUUUGAAGUACACUGGCCUAAAUGAAAAUGGGCUAUAAAAUAUAUAUGCUGGGAUAGCAUAGGAGGAAGCAUUUUCAACUCAGGUUUUAUUUAUUUUGAAAUUAUCGGUUAUAUAAACCUAAUUUAUUACCAAAUAUGAUGGUCUUUAAAAAUAUUUUUACUGUUGAAAUUUAGGUAGGUAUUUGAUAUCCUUACUUUCUCAUAAUUUAACAUUUCAAUAAUGCUGACAUCCAAGAAUCCAGAUUUAUUCUCUGUUUAGCCAACAUAACAUCUAAUGAAUCUGAUUUGCAAUUCAAUAAAUUGUGGACAGAACUACUUA